AUAUACGCCCCUCAACAACAACAUAGUUUCCCAAUUAAAUCUGCAAUAGAGUAUGCAGGUCUGAUCAUCCAUUAUUUCAGGUUCUGGGACUGCAAUACAAGGGUUAGAUUUUGCAAGAAGUGGUUGACUCAUACAAGUUAAAAUUUGAGGGAAUCCAUCAUGUCACCUCCAAAAAACCAGAAAUCUCAAGGUUUCAAGGUAAAGCAUGCUCUGCAGAUAUGUCUAUUGCUCGGUAUUUGCAUCUGGCUGCUUCAUCAAGUCCAUGAUAAGAGAGCAGCAUCAACGAAAAUUUCAGAGGACGUCAAGUUAGGGAGAAAGUACCUCGAUGAUGAUCCUCAGGAGGAAACAACCAUUGAUGAUGAUAGACUCAAGGAGGUGAAAGAAGAAGAAGAAAGCAAAUCCUUUGAUGAGAAAAGCAAUCCUGAAGAAGGCGAUAGUGAAGGAAAGGGGCGCGGAGAUGAUGAAUCAACUGAACGUGAUCAAGAGAGAGUGAGAGAUGAAGGUGAGCAUGGAGGGGAUUCUGUAGAUGGAGAUAAGGAGAUUGAAAAGAGCAUAGAUAAUGAAGUCAAAGAGGAGGAUAGGGAAGAUAACAAAGAAAAAGAUGAAGAUGGCAAAGAGAAAGAGAACGACAACGGUGAGAGUGGAACAGAGGAGGGUGAAGAGAUAAAGGAGAGGCAGAGUGGAGAGGAAAGUGAAAGUAACAAAGAGAGAGAGAGUGUAGAAGAUGGCAAACAGAGAGAGAACGAGAACAGUGAGAGUAGAACAGAGGAGGGUGAAGAGAUAAAGGAGAGGCAGAGUGGAGAGGAAAGUGAAAGUAACAGAGAGAGAGAAAUUGUAGACAAGGAAAUCAUAGAAGAGAAGGAAGAAAACAAAGAGGUUCAAAAUGAAGAGAACAAAGAGAAAGAAAGUGAAGUGAAGGAAAUUGAGGAAAAGGAUGAGAGUAGAGGCUCAGAAAGCGAAGGAAAAGAGAAGGAAAUUGAGGAAAAGGAUGAUAGUAGAGGCUCAGAGAGAGGAAAAGAGAAUAAAGAGAUGGAUGGCGAAGGUGAAAAAAUAGAGAAGGUAAGUACGAUUGAAGAUGCAGGGAAAUCAAGCGGUAAAGAAGAGAAUAAUACAAACAAGUUUCUGAAUGUGACAGACUCUAAUGAGAAAGAAAGUGAAGCAGUUGAACACAACAAUUCUUCAGAAGUGAUGAUCAAUGAAGAGAAAGGGAACGAGACCAGUUUACUAGAGACAGAGAAUGGCUCCCAUCCGAAUACAACAGUAACAGAAGAUUUCAAUGAGCAGCAGCAAGUGGAGAGUGACCAUACAACAAGUGACGGACAAACUCCCAGUUCAUCCUCACAACAUGGAGAGACAACUGAUUCUUCUCCGGGAGAUGACAUGCAGACAACAAGAAGUGAGAAUAUAAACACCACGAAUGAUGAACCCGUGGAUUCUGAUUCUUCUAAUGUUAUCGAAUCUGUUGUUUCAGAUGAGCAGAAUGUCAACUCCAAUACACCUGCAGGGACAGAGAACAGUUCCGAAUCUUCAGCCACAGUUCAGAACAAGUUCGAUACUGAUUCUGGAGCAGGAACAGAAGAAAAGGUAGCAUUCUCUAACGAAAACAACAAUGCAGAUGAAAGUCGAAACGAAUCUGUUAAUUCUUCAGCUUCCCAAGAUGAGACGAUUGAUGCCACCCAAAAUGAUCCAGUAGAUUCUUCUCCAGAUGCCAAAACUGAAGGAAACAACAAUCAAGACGCAGUUGCAAAGAAGUGACAUCUCUAAAGAGUUCGUUAUUUAGGUCGGUCUCAUUUGAUGGCCAUUAAUAUUCAUCAAUGUUAUUGUUGUCUACCUUUUCUUUCUUGUCCCAUUUUUAUUAUCAAAGUCAUUGUCCUGUUCUAAUGAGGCUAUUAUUAUUCAUCCAAGUCAUUGUUCUGUA